AUGCCGAAGAAGCUGAAGCCCUCGGCUCGAGCAGAUCAGAGUUAUGUCCCUUUGAUAUCUGCUCCCAAGCGACACAGCAACGGCAGACGAGAUGUGGAGGCGGUGUGCAGCAAAAAUUUGUUCUCGCUACUCAAUUACUUUUGCUUCUUCGUCAUCGGGUUGUCAAUGAUGUGGACAUGGUCCAUGAUCUUACAAGCCGUUCCUUUCUUUCAUCGCCGCUUUCGAGAGAACCCAUGGAUUCUACAAUACUUCCAGGCGUUCUACCUCGUCUUCUUUGCAUUCACUAUGCUGACCGUCACUCUCGUUCUCGGGUCGCGAAAGUCUCGACCUUCAUACACCAGCUACCUCGGUUCAGCAUUGAUUGCAUACUUCGUUGUAGCGACUCUUCUAAUGCUCUCUACACUCCCAUGCCUCAAUAUGGGGGCCAACAUCUACUUUCUAUUUACAUUAGUGAUGGUUGUUAUCACAGCGGUUGCAAAUGGGCUGAGCCAAAAUGCUGCCUUUGCUUUCGCGGCAGGUUUUGGUCGAACUGAGUACGCCCCGGCGAUCAUGACUGGAGAAGCCCUUGCUGGACUCCUCCCUUCGAGCAUAGAAAUUGCAUCAGCACUAGCCUUUCCCUCUGCGUACUUCGAAGUAGAUGAAAAUAACACCUCGCAAACCUAUUACCUGACACUAAACUACUUUUUGUCAGCUGCAGUUGUUGGCUCAGCAUCAUUGUGUGCAUUCAAGUUUCUUGUCCGCCGGGCACCAACUCAUUUCCAUCCCAAAACAACGAAGCGGACUUCUAACCGGACUCGGAUGGCUUCCAAACUUCAAUGGCCUGCCUUGGCUAACUUUAUGUGUCUCUGCAUCUCCUCAGUCUCUCCGGUAUUCAUCUCAAAGAUCGUUUCGGUUGUCCCAGUUGAGAAAGCGUCGAUAAUAUUCCGUCCAGAGGCAUUUAUACCUCUUGCGAUUGUCCUCUGGAACGUCGGUGACCUCCUCGGAUCCGUUAUGGCUGUCCACUCACUUUUCCUCAUCAAAUACCCACGCCUGCUUUUCAUACUCUCACUCUCUCGCCUUGUCUUUGUACCGCUCUACCUAAUGUGCAAUAUUGAUGGCCGUGGAUCCGUAGCUGGCGACUGGUUCUACCUCAUCAUUGUCCAAUUCCUCUUUGGAUUGACACAUGGCUGGCUUUCUGGUGCAAGCAUGAUGGGAGUGCCAGUUUGGAUCAACGAAGAAGACAGAGAAGAGGCAGGUGCAUUCAUGGGGAUGACAUUAGUUGCAGGACUAGUGGCAGGGAGUAUGCUCGGCCUUGCUGCUGCCCAGGCAUGA